GUAUAUUGGGAGAACGGUGCCCAGAUCGUGCCGCCCCAUGAUAAGGGCAUCUCUGUAGCCAUCGAGGCUAACCUGGAGCCCUGGCCUGAGUCCUGGGACAUAACCUCUCUCUCUCACAGCCCUCUGCUGAAGAACCCGUUCCAAGACAUUCACACAGAGUACUACCGGACCAUCCAACAGCACUGUCACCACAGGGACAUCAACAAGAGUUCAGGGGUGAAGAUCGUGCACACCUCCGUGCACGGAGUCGGACACGCCUUCGUCCAAUCAGCUUUCAAGGCCUUUGACCUCCGACCCCCGUACGCCGUAGAGGAGCAGAAAGACCCUGACCCGGAGUUCCCAACCGUCAAAUACCCCAACCCUGAGGAGGGGAAGGGGGUCCUGACCCUGUCGUUUGCCCUGGCGGAGAGGGAGGGAGCUACUGUAGUUCUGGCCAACGAUCCUGACGCUGACCGCCUGGCCGUUGCUGAGCAACAGAAAGGUGGUCAGUGGCGUGUGUUCAGUGGUAAUGAGUUGGGGGCGUUGCUGGGUUGGUGGGUGUAUCAGUGUUGGAAACAGACCAACCCAGACCAGUCUACCGUGAAGUCAGUCUACAUGCUGGCCUCCACCGUCUCCUCUAAGAUUCUACGAGCCAUCGCUCUCAAGGAGGGCUUCCACUUCGAGGAAACUCUGACUGGGUUCAAGUGGAUGGGCAACAGAGCCAGAGAGCUGCUGGACCAGAACAAGAUAGUACUGUUCGCCUACGAGGAGGCUAUAGGGUACAUGUGUGGUUCUGCCGUGCUGGAUAAAGACGGGGUCAGUGCUGCAGCCAUCGCUGGGGAGAUGACAUCAUACCUGGCCGCGAAGAACAUCACGCUGUCACAACAACUCACAGCUGUCUACGAGGAGUAUGGGUACCACAUCACUAAGAACUCCUACUUCAUCUGUCACGACCAGGCUGUGAUCCGGGCCAUGUUUGACCGGCUGCGUCACUACGGCAACCAGGAGGAUGUGUCGUACCCCAGUCAGUGUGGAGGCGUCGCCAUCACCGCUGUACGAGACCUCACUACUGGAUACGACAGCAGCCAGGCAGACAACAAGGCUGUCCUCCCCUCCUCCACCAGUAGUCAGAUGAUCACGUUUAGUUUCUCUAACGGGGGCGUGGCCACCAUGAGGACCAGCGGAACGGAACCCAAGAUCAAGUACUACACUGAGCUGUGUGCUGCCCCCGGCAACAGUGAUGCUAAAGGUCUACAAAAGGAGUUAGAUGACCUGGUUAAUGCCAUCGUAGAGGACUUCUUCCAGCCCCAGAAGAAUAACCUGCUGUCCAAGCCUGAGUAACACACAUCAGUGGCUUGUAACACAAAGAGCCGCGCUGGUUUGACUUCCUGAUCAAGAUUCCCUUUCUUCCAGAACGCGCACACAUUCUAGAACUCACACACAUUCUAGAACUCUCACACACACACAUUCUAGAACUCACACACAUUCUAGAACUCUCACACAUUCUAGAAGUCACAAACACACACACAUUCUAGAACUCACACACAUUCUAGAACUCUCACACAUUCUAGAAGUCACAAACUCACACACAUUCUAGAAGUCACAAACUCACACACAUUCUAGAAGUCUUUAAUCGGUUGUAUCUGGAGCUCUAAGUCUUAUCUACUAGCUGGAGUGCUGUGUAUUUGACCAAACACACAGGGUUACUAACUGUAGUUCAGGGUUUAAACUCCAACCCUGUUCGAGAAGAAGGAGGAGUAGUACUACCACUAGGCUCCCGAGUGACGCAGCGGUCUGUCACUGCAUCACUACAGACCCUGGUUCGAUUCCAGGCUGUAUCACAACCGACCGUGAUUGGGAGGUCCCAUAGGACGGCGCACAAUUGGCCCAGCGUCGUCCGGGUUUGGCCGAUGGUAGGCCGUCAUUGUAAAUAAGAAUUUGUUCUUAAUUGACUUGCCUGGUUAAAUAUUAUAUAUAUAUUUUUUAAUACUGAUACCACUGCUCCUCCUCAAUAACCAGCCUCCUCUGUAACCAUUACUGCAUAACGUUUCAACAACAACAAUAAAGAUGUGAUUUUUAAAAGGACAAACCUGU